AUGAAUGACAUUGCACAGAAAACCGAGAUUCUGCUCUCUUCAUCUAAACCCGUCCCCAAGUCCUAUGUGCCCAAGCUUCACAAGGGGGAUGUGAAGGACAAAUUUGAAGCCAUGCAAAAAGCAAGGGAAGAAAGAAAUCAAAGGAGAUCUAGAGAUGAAAAGCAAAGAAGAAAAGAACAAUAUGUUAGAGAGAGAGAAUGGAACAGGAGAAAGCAGGAGAUGAAAGAGCUGCUGGCUUCUGAUGAAGACGAUGACACCAAACUAUCUAAAACAGAAAAAGGUUAUGUCCCAAAACUAAUAGGAACUGUUAAAGGCAAGUUUGCAGAAAUGGAGAAGCAAAGGCAAGAAGAAGAAAGGAAAAGGACGGAAGAGGAGAGGAAACGCAGACUGGAACAAGAUCUGAUCGAGAAAAGAAAAAUCCAGAGAGAACUGGCAAAGAAAGCACAGGAGAUUGGUGACUUUACCAAUACGGGGACUGACUCAGCAGCUGAGGAAGGGGAUGAUUCACUGCUAGUUACAGUAGUGCCUGUGAAACCCACCAAGACACCUGGGAAGAUGAAAAUCAACUGUGAGAACACAGGAGAGGAGAGAGCAGAACAGAGACUGGAGGAAGAGAUGAAGAACGAAAACCAAUUCCUCUCGAUUGUCACGGAUGGCAGCAGUGAAAGCGCCGAGGCGGUGUCUCCCGGCAAGCUGCGGGUGACGUUCGAGGAGCUGGAGCGGCAGCGGCAGGAGCAGCAGAGGCGGCGGGCGGAGCAGCAGGCGCGGCAGCGGCGGCAGCAGGAGAGGCGAGCCCUGCAGGGCACGGGAAACGAAGGUGGCGACGAAGACUCUGAAAAUUCCGUUCAGGAAUUCCGCCCUGGGAAACUGAGACUGAGUUUUGAGGAGCUGGAAAGGCAGAGGAGGGAGGAGGAGAAGAGGAGAGCAGAGGAGGAGGCAAAACGCCGCAUGGAGGAGGAGAAGAGAGCGUUUGCUGAGGCCAGGAGGAACAUGGUGCCGGAUGAGGAAUCCCCAGAAAUGUUUAAAACCUUCUCUCAAGAAUCCCUCGUGCCUGGGAAACUGGAAAUCAACUUCGAGGAGCUGCUGAGGCAGAAGAUGGAAGAGGAGAAGAGACGCACAGAGGAGGAGCGGCGGCAGAAGCUGGAGCUGGAGAGGCAGGAAUUCCAACAGCUCAGGCAGGAAAUGGGAGAGCUGGAAGAGGAGUGUGAAACUUUUGAGCUGAGCAAAGAAUACGAAGAAUUAAUCAAGCUAAAAAGAAGUGGUUCUAUUCAGGCAAAGAACUUGAAAAGCAAGUUUGAGAAAAUAGGGCAGUUGUCUCAAGCAGAAAUACAGAAGAAGAUUGAGGAGGAGAGAGCAAAGAGAAGAGCAAUGGAUGAAGAGAUAAGAGAAAGGGAAGCUGAGAAAUUCCAAGAGGAGGACGAUGUAGAUGUGAGACCAGCCCAGAAAUGCGAGGCUCCUUUCACUCACAAGGUGAACAUGCGGGCCCGUUUCGAGCAGAUGGCGCGGGCGCGGCAGGAGGAGGAGCAGAGGAGGAUCGAGGAGCAGAAACUGCUGCGCAUGCAGUUCGAGCAGAAGGAGAUCGAUGCAGCCUUACAGAAGAAAAGAGAAGAGGAGGAAGAUGAAGAGGGAAGCAUCAUUAACGGUUCUGCUUGUGAAGAUGAGGAGGAUCAAGCUCGAUCUGGAGCUCCCUGGUUCAAGAAGUCCCUGAAAAACACGUCUGUUGUCGAUGGCGAGCCAGUGAGAUUUACAGUGAAAAUCACUGGAGAGCCAAAGCCCCAAGUGACGUGGUGGUUUGAGGGGGAGAUGCUGCAGGACUCUGAGGACUAUCAGUACAUUGAGAGAGGAGAGACCUACUGCCUGUACCUGCCAGAGACCUUCCCUGAGGAUGAAGGGGAAUACAUGUGCAAAGCUGUCAACAACAGAGGCUCAGCUGCCAGCACCUGCAUCCUCACCAUCGAAAGUAAGAGUUAGCAUUUUCAUCUGCCCAAUUCUGUCUUCUUUUCAUCCUUCCUGUUAUCAAAACCUAAUUACCUUUUUCUCUGAACCCUUCUUGUAUUUUCUAGCUGAUGACUACUAAUGCUCUACCUUAGCUGGAAUCUUUCUUCCCCUCAACCUUCUUACUGCAUCAUCUCUCUCUCUGAUGGGGCCAACUAAAGAAAAGGAUAUGCAAUAAUUUGUCAUUCCUGCAUCACAAUAACCUUCAAAUUAUGAGUGUGUCUGGAUUCCCUCCUCAAGGCAAAAAUCAGUUUUAAAGGUUAAAAAAAAAAAAAAAAAAGAAUCAAUGUAUGAAAGAUCAACAAAGGAAAAAGCUGAAUUAAAAUAGUGCUCCCCCAGUAAAGACCAACUGCUGCCUGACGGAAUAAACUGAAUAACCAGCUGGA